GGCAAAUCGCUGAAGAUAUCAAUCACGGAAUGUUACGUAGAGUUCGAUUGGCUGGAGGGAUUCCAAGGACCCAAUUAAAACUUGCGUACUUUCAAUUUCGGUCGGUGUUCACCUAGAACGUUAACUUCCGGUGUUAUCUGAUUGGAAACCAACAAAACAUGGUAAUAGCGGAAAGAAGAAAUGAAAGUUUGUGGACAAAGAGUAUCUGUCUUUAAACUCUCCCUUUUAGUGUUUAUUCUCUUCAUUGCCUCCUCAUGUCUAUUCAUUUAUUACUUGGAUGUGCAGUGGACAACAAAUAAAAUGAACUUAAAUGAAAGUGGAAAGAACCAAGCACCAAAAAAUAAAAAUCGAAAUGAAAAAAUAGUUUUACAGGAGCCAGAAUCUGAAUAUAGAGCAAGUUCGAAAAAUCCACAACAAAUGAAUUCUAAUAAUAUAGUUCAAGAAUCUGUAUUGACAAAGGGGUCUAAAACUCCAGAACCCACUCAACUCCCUGUUAAUUAUGAUGUCCAUAUCUUCUACUAUCCUUGGUAUGGAAAUCCAGAACAAGAUGGAAAAUACUUCCACUGGAAUCAUCCCUAUCUUCCUCACUGGGACAAAAUUGAGGCAGCUAAAUGGCCAUCGGGACAGCACAAACCCCCUGAUGACAUCGGUGCAAACUUUUAUCCCCAGUUAGGUCCAUACAGCUCUGGAGACCCAGUUGUGGUAGAGGACCACAUGAAACAGGUUCAGCUCUCUGGAGCAGGAGUAUUGGCUGUGUCAUGGUAUCCUCCAAAUGAUGCUGACAACGAGGGAAAAAAUCCAGAUAAACUGAUUCCACUGAUAUUGGAUUUGGCUGAUAAAUAUCAAUUAAAGGUUGCAUUUCACAUUGAACCAUUUAAAGGCAGAGAUCAUCAGACUUUGAAAACGAACAUUAAGUAUAUCAUUGACACUUAUGGAAAACACCCAGGUUUUUACAGGCACUAUGACAGGAUUAAAAAGAAGCACUUACCUGUAUACUACAUGUAUGACUCUUACCUAGUCAAGUCCUCCAAUUGGGCCGAAUUAUUCACUCCUGGUGGAUCUAUAUCUAUCAGGAACACGGAAUACGACGGAAUAUUCCUUGGACUUCUUGUGGAGAGACAACAUAAAGAGAGUGUGGCAAGUGCUGGGUUUGAUGGAUACUAUACGUACUUUGCUACCGAUGGAUUUACAUACGGUAGUUCUUGGAAGAACUGGAGGGAGAUAAGGAAAUAUGCCAGAGGGAGGAGACUGAUGUUUGUCCCUAGUGUAGGUCCAGGGUAUAUAGACACUAGGGUCAGACCCUGGAAUGGCAAGAACACUCGGUCUCGUCAAGAUGGAAGAUAUUACAAAAAUUCUCUCCAAAAAGCUCUAGACAUUAACCCAUCUAUGAUAUCCAUUACGUCUUUCAACGAGUGGCAUGAGGGAACUCAGAUAGAAACUGCUGUUCCUAAAGCCACAGACUCUUUUACUUACAUAGACUAUGGCCCUGAAGGGCCGCAGUGUUAUCUCAAUAUAACACGACAGUAUGUCUCCAAAUUCAUAUCAGAAGACUGAGUGUCAAAUGAUUUGUGUUUUAUUAUUUAUACCGGGUAUUUAAGAAUUAUGAAUGCACUGAUUGUCAUGAUGAGAAUAUUUUCUGUACCAUAAAAAUAUUUUUAUUAAUUUUAA